GCAAUUUUCCCCGGGCUUGUGGACUUCAACUCCCAGAAGUCUCAGCAACGGCCGCGCGGGCCGAGGCAUGCCGGGAGCUGAAGUCCACGUGGACCAGGAAGUGCUCGAGGAAAUUGCUGCGCGGAAAGCCAAGAACUCGUAUUGAUGGCCGAGUCGAGAAAGCAGAAACGGAUCCUAGUGACCGGAGGGUCCGGCCUGGUGGGAAAAGCCAUUCAGAAGGUGAUUGCAGACGGGGAAUGCCAGGUGGACGAGACGUGGAUUUUUGUGUCCUCUAAAGACGCUGAUUUAAAGAAUGCUGCGGAGACCACCGCCCUCUUUGAGAAACACCGGCCCACCCAUGUCAUCCACCUGGCGGCCAUCGUCGGGGGUCUCUUCAUGAACCUCAGCCACAACCUGGAUUUCUGGAGGAAGAAUAUCCACAUCAACGACAAUGUCUUGCAAGCAGCAUUCGAAUCCGGGGUCCAGAAAGUCGUUUCCUGUCUGUCCACCUGCAUAUUUCCAGACCAGACCACCUACCCUAUUGACGAGACCAUGAUUCACAACGGCCCUCCGCACAGCUCCAACUUUGGGUACGCUUAUGCCAAAAGGAUGAUUGAUGUGCAGAACAGGGCCUACUUCGAACAGCAUGGAUGCCACUUCACCGCCGCCAUCCCGACAAACAUCUUUGGGCCUCACGACAACUUCAGCAUCGAAAAUGGACACGUCCUGCCGGGCCUGGUCCACAAAGUGUACCUGGCCAAGAAAUACGGCACUGACGUCACCGUCUGGGGGACGGGAAAGCCUCGGAGGCAGUUCAUUUACUCUCUGGACCUGGCUCGGUUGUUCGUGUGGGUCUUAAGGGAGUACGACGAAAUAGAACCCAUCAUCCUGUCAGUGGGAGAAGAAGAGGAGGUGUCCAUCCGAGAAGCUGCUGAAUGCAUCGCGAAGGCCAUGGAUUUCAAGGGGCAGCUUCAGUUUGAUGAAUCCAAAUCAGAUGGCCAGUUCAAGAAAACGGCCAGCAACGACAAGCUGAGGAGAUAUCUACCCAACUUCCAGUUCACGCCGUUCGAUCAAGCCAUGAAGGAAAUGUGUGAUUGGUUCUGCGCCAACUAUGACACCGCCCGGAAAUGACGAACGGGCACCGCAAUGGCUGUGUGUUAAGUAGGGGCGGCUGCGCCCUUGUCUCAAUCUCAGGUAGCUUUUUGGGUGGAGGGAGAAAAAAUAAAUAAAUAAAAAUAAAAUAAAUAAAUAAAAAUAAAUAAAAGAAGCCCUUAGAGUACCAA